AUGGCACAGGCAGUCACUGGCUUUCCCUCACUGUCGACCCAACCGAUAAGCUCACUGACUGCGUCCGCAUUCUCGUCUUUCGUCACACCGGCCAUCUCCGUGCCUUUCCCUUCUGGAUAUGGCCAGACUCAGAUCGUACUGUCCGGCUCGGGCGCAGCGCCAUCGGGCACUGUCAGGACGACCAUUGGCGGGACGACUGCCACGCCAUCUCAAGGCAAUGCCGCCACGGCCAGGGCAACAAAUGCACAUGAACAUACCAGCGGUAGCAGUGGAUCUGGAUGGCCAACAUGGGCCACUGCCGUCAUCGCAGGCGUCGGAGGAGCGAUCAUUCUCGUCGCUAUCAUCUGGGGAAUAUUCUGCUUGCGCGCGAGGAAGCGCAGGCGAGAGGGGGCAGUCGGACCGGCUUAUGUCGCUCGCGCGAGGGAGAUCAAGGAGACUUUCGGCCACAAGGUGGGCGCGUUCGGCCACAUGCCAGGUCGAACGACGCCCAAGCCUACCUCGACUUAUCGCGAUGUUUUAGACGAGAAAGCCUUGGCAGAGACAAAGGCACAGCGUCUUGGCAGCAUGGAUGCCAGUCCCUCACAACGUCCUUCACAUCAUUCUGGAAGAGGCAGCCGAAGAGCCUCAUCUAUGGGCGCACUGCGCGAGAGCUAUGUCGCCAGCGGAUCCGACUGGCAGAAGCGAGAGGACGGCAUGGCCGCAGAGCAUCGCCGUGCAGCAAGAGAUAGAGAUUCUGACGUCUUCGGUAGUCAUAGAGGGACAUCACGCCAGUCCCAGAGGCCUCACAAUGGCUCUUCGCCACAUCUCGGCCAAGGAUUCGAUCUCGACGAUGCGCCCCGCACGCGGUCUCGCUCUCACGGCCGGCAACCCUCGAGCCGUGACUUGACGUCUGCCAACCUGUCAGCGUUUGAGACUGAUCAUCGCGGCAAUCGUUCGGCAGCUGGCCACCAUCGAGAGGACCGCAGGAUGCCUCGACCGAGAAGCAGCGCUUCGCUCAACCCGCCCAGGCGGCCCUAUGCUGGCUCACGCGACCAUCUGCUAGGCUCGCCGGCCAGCCCAGCUCACGGCUCUUCUUCGCAGAGGGACUCUUUCGACGAUCUGAUCGCUCGACCGCAAAUUCCAUGGGACGCACCGCCGCCCUCUAGAGGUUCGAGUGAAUAUGGUCGAUCGGCAGUCGAUGCCCUCUUGCAAUCUCCGUCACGGGCCCACACUCGCCACUAUCGUCACUCCAGGCAUUCAUCAGGCGACUUAGAGAGGGACUAUGACCACGAGCGAUCGAGACACAAUGGCAAUCUGUCGCCUGUCCUGUCAGACGCCUGA